AUGGCCAACUACACUUUCUCCAACCAAUCCUCCAUCCCGUCCCCUCUGGACAAACAACUCCCAGCGUUCUUUCGCUCGUGGGACGACCCGCACUCAGACAACAGCUACCUCAGCCUGUUCGCCCCCGAAGGCCAGCUGUUGUUCGGGUCGGCCGUGACGGGCCACGAAGCCAUCCGUGCCUUUCGCGACGCCAUGAUCCACCCGACGAACGGGCCCGUCGUCGACCUCGAGCACACCCUGGACAAGUGCUUCGUGCUGGCCGGGGGCGCCGGGCCGGGGAAGCAGGAGGUGAUUGUGAACGGGUCACUGUGGUACAAGCUGCGCAACGGCCGCAAAAUCGCCGUCGACUUUGCCAGCAUGAUCAAGUUCGCGGAUCCAGGCGACGGGGCCGAUCUUCAGGCUGAGCUUUACGAGGUGUACCUGGAUGCGCAUGAGUUGAAGACUGCGAUCGCUGAGAUGGGGGAAGAAGGGAAAUGA